CCACAUAAAGAUCCCCUCUGGUCUAGUCUCCUCCACCUUCACAUGGCCGACUCUGAACAUUCCUCUUCUAAUGACACUAAUGCCGAUUCUCAAGAGGAAAAAAAUGAAGAACCAAAAUUGGAGUUCUCCGAAGAUGAGGAAACGCUUAUAAUAAGGAUGUAUAACCUGGUUGGGGAGAGGUGGGCUCUAAUUGCUGGGAGGAUCCCUGGAAGGACAGCAGAGGAAAUUGAGAAGUACUGGAAUACCAGGUACUCCACUAGUGAAUGAAAAGCUGGAUGGCACAUUUCUGUUUAGAGGAGCACAUUAUGUUGAACAGUGUAUUGUCUGUCAUCUGUAUAUUAUGGAAAAUGUUCCUAGACCUACCUGUGCAAUUGUUCACAAAUUUUCGCCUUUUCUUUUUGUUCUUAGUGUAUGUGUGAUGAGUCCGAUGACUGUAGAUGGGCAGCUAUUUUUACUUUUACUGGGAAAUAUCUUUAUCCGAUGGGGUGAUUCCAGAUUCCCCUGUAAAAAAUCACUGUUCUGAAACCUAAAGUGAUUUUGGACAUUCAAGCUGUUUUUUUAGUACCAAGUGGACAAUGAGGGAUGUUUUUUUUUUACU